CGGAGCAGGUGCCUCCGAGGGAGGAGGAACUUUGCCGGAGUUAGUGCAGUUCGCUGCACCCAUUCAUUGCCCGCAAGUCCCCGUCCUCCGGUCCGGCCCACAGUGGUCAGGGAGGGAAUCCACGGACUGCAGCGGCCACUCGCGGGGCAUUGGGGCCAGAGGAGGGCCGGAGAGCGCCGCUGACCCUCGUGGACUGGGAAGGAGGUGACGGCGUCCAUGCAGCUGUGUGCCAGGGCAUGGGGGCUGCGCUUGGGCCCUGGAGCCGGGGGCGGCCACCGCCUGGCUCGGGGCACCGGCUUGAGUUGGGCGCCGCGGAGCCGGGACAGCAGCAGCGGCGGUGGCGGCGGUGGCGGGGACCGCGGCGCGGCUGGGGCCUCGCGCCUCCUGGAGCGCCUCCUGCCCAGACACGAUGACUUCGCUCGGAGACACAUCGGCCCGGGAGACAAAGACCGGAGGGAGAUGCUGCAGGCGCUGGGGCUGGCGAGCAUUGAUGAACUCAUCGAGAAAACCGUCCCCGCCAGCAUCCGCUUGAAGAGACCCUUGAAACUGGAAGACCCUGUAUGUGAGAAUGAGAUCCUGGAAACUCUGCAUGCCAUUGCAAGCAAAAACCAGAUCUGGAGAUCCUAUAUUGGCAUGGGCUACUAUAACUGCUCGGUGCCCCAGACCAUUCUGCGGAACUUACUGGAGAAUUCUGGAUGGGUCACUCAGUACACUCCGUAUCAGCCCGAGGUGUCUCAGGGGAGGUUGGAGAGUUUACUCAACUACCAGACCAUGGUGUCUGACAUCACAGGCUUGGACAUGGCCAAUGCCUCCCUACUGGAUGAGGCGACGGCGGCCGCAGAGGCAAUGCAACUGUGUCACAGACACAACAAGAGGAAGAGAUUUUUCAUUGAUCCUCGUUGCCACCCACAGACAAUAGCUGUCGUCCAGACUCGAGCCAAAUAUAGGGGGGUGAUUGUCGAGCUGAAGUUACCCCACGAAAUGGAUUUCAGUGGCAAAGAUGUCAGUGGGGUGCUGUUCCAGUACCCAGACACUGAGGGGAAGGUGGAGGACUUCACGGAACUUGUAGAAAGAGCCCAUCAGACUGGGAGCCUGACCUGCUGUGCUACUGACCUUUUAGCUCUGUGUAUUUUGAGGCCACCUGGAGAGUUUGGAGUGGACAUUGCCCUGGGCAACUCCCAGAGAUUUGGAGUACCACUUGGCUAUGGGGGACCACACGCAGCCUUUUUUGCUGUCAGAGAAAGUCUGGUGAGGAUGAUGCCUGGAAGGAUGGUGGGGGUGACAAGGGAUGCCACGGGGAAAGAAGUGUAUCGCCUUGCUCUUCAGACCAGAGAACAACACAUCCGGAGAGACAAAGCCACCAGCAACAUCUGCACCGCUCAGGCCCUGUUAGCCAACAUGGCCGCCAUGUUUGCCAUUUACCAUGGAUCCCAUGGGCUUCAGCACAUUGCCAAAAGAGUUCAUAAUGCUACUUUGAUUUUGUCUGAAGGUCUCAAGCGAGCGGGACACCAACUCCAGCACGACCUGUUCUUUGACACUUUGAAGGUUCAGUGUGGCUGCUCACUGAAGGAGGUGUUGGGCAGAGCAGCUCAGAGGCAAAUCAACUUUCGACUCUUCGAUGACGGCACACUUGGCAUUUCUUUGGAUGAAACAGUCACUGAGAAAGAUCUGGAUGAUUUACUGUGGAUCUUUGGCUGUGAGUCAUCCACCGAAUUGGUUGCUGAAGGCAUGGGAGAGGAAUGGAGGGGUCUUCUAGGGUCUUCAUUCAAGAGAACCAGCCCGUUCCUCACUCAUCAGGUGUUCAACAGCUACCACUCAGAAACCAAUCUUGUUCGAUAUAUGAAGAAACUGGAGAACAAGGACAUCUCCCUCGUUCACAGCAUGAUUCCACUGGGAUCCUGCACCAUGAAGCUCAAUAGCUCAUCUGAACUCACGCCCAUCACCUGGAGAGAAUUUGCCAACAUCCACCCCUUUGUGCCACUGGACCAGGCCCAGGGAUACCAGCAGCUUUUCCAAGAGCUUGAGAAGGAUCUGUGUGAGCUCACGGGGUAUGACCGAGUCUCAUUCCAGCCAAACAGUGGAGCGCAGGGGGAGUAUGCUGGCCUGGCCACCAUCCGAGCGUACUUAGACCAGAAAGGAGAGAGGCACAGAACGGUUUGUCUCAUUCCUAAGUCAGCACAUGGAACGAAUCCAGCAAGUGCCUACAUGGCCGGCAUGAAGAUCCAGCCUGUGGAGGUGGACAGAUACGGGAACAUCGAUGUCGCUCACCUCAAGGCCAUGGUGGAUAAGCACAAGGAGAACCUGGCCGCCAUCAUGAUCACGUAUCCAUCUACCAAUGGUGUGUUUGAAGAGAACAUCAGUGAUGUGUGCGCCCUGAUUCACCAACAUGGAGGACAGGUCUACCUCGACGGGGCAAACAUGAAUGCCCAGGUGGGGAUCUGCCGUCCUGGAGACUUUGGGUCUGAUGUCUCUCACCUAAAUCUUCACAAGACCUUCUGCAUUCCCCAUGGAGGAGGUGGUCCUGGCAUGGGGCCCAUCGGAGUGAAGAAGCAUCUUGUGCCUUUUCUGCCCAGCCAUCCCAUUGUUUGCCUAAAACCAAAUGAGGACACCUGGCCUGUGGGGACUGUCAGUGCGGCCCCAUGGGGCUCCAGCUCCAUCUUGCCCAUCUCAUGGGCUUAUAUUAAGACACCGUUAAGCUCCGUGAGUCAUGCGAGUGUUCUGGCUGCGUCAUCUGGUUUCCUGUUGAGUACAGUCAGCUCCGAGCAAGCGAGGAGCGCUGCACAUGGCCAUUGGGACACUCUGCUGAGAUCUUGGGGGGACAGGAUGGGGUGCAUUUCUAGGAGGCAUGGAGGAUGAGUAGGAUGGAUUGGGAAUUGGGGUGGUUUCAGACUCGGGGGACUGUGAUUUUAGGGGUAACGGAACUUUGUCAGAGAACAGGCUUAUCCCCCUUUGUCCUUCUCCACAGAAACAUUCAAACCAGAAUCGAUUUUAUGCAGCUCUUGUUCAGACUGACCUGCCCACCUUCUAGAAUGUCAAAUCUGUGAACAGGCACUCUUGCUAGGUUGCUAAUUAGAACAGUGUUUUCAAAACCAAUGGCCCUUGGUAAAGGGAGGGUGGCCUCGGGUGAGACAAAAACCCGGACUCAGCUAUACAAGUCGUGCUGGGUAACUGUGGGGCUGGCGCUGUCUGAGUGCGAUGACAUUUAUGAUUCUUUUUUAAAGCUUAUUUCUGAGACACAGUGUCUUUAUCCAGUCUGGUACAAGCUUGUGGUUCUCUCGGAUUAGCCUCCCAAGUGUGGGACUAGAGGCAUAGGUGGUCAUGUGACUGCUUGGUAUUUGUGAUUCCUUUUUACAUAAUAUUCUGAGACUUUGUUUAUUGUAUGUAUAUGGGUGUUUCGUCUUCGUGUGGGUCUGUGUACUGUGUCUAUACGGUGCCUGUUGGAGGUAUCAGAUUGCCUGGGAUUGGAAUUAUACAGAUUCCAAUUCGUCACUGUACAGGUCCUGGAAUGGGUCUUUUGGAAGAGCAGCCAGUGUUCUUAACCACUAAGCCAUUUCUCCAGUCCCUAUAAUUCUUUGUUUUAUUUUUGUUGUUUUCCCUUUUUAGUUUGUUUUUGUUUUUAAGACAGGAGUCUUUGAGCUCCGAAUCCAGCUCCUUCUGUCUCCCAAGUCUUGGCUUUCCCAGCAUGCAUCUCAAAGCAUGCUUCAUUUAUGAUUUUUAAUGAAAAGUUUAUUGGAAGCAAAGGCAACAGUUCUGUACCCCGGAGCCUUGAUGCCGUCUUUGAAGUGUUGUGCAAGUCGUUUGCAAAUUAGAGAAACAAACCCAAUGAGAAUGAAAAUUGUCUUCUUUGCAAACAACCAAAUCCCCCGGUCCCUUUGAUCCAUGGAUCCUAUUAAAUUGGACUAUUUGUAUAAACAUAUUUGGGCUGGAGAUGGCUUCUUACAUAUAGAAAGUAAAGCCCCUAAGGCUGUUUUGGCCAUAUGCCCAGAACACCAAACAGAGUAUGAGUUUUCAAGCUAAAUAAGUAGUGUUUAUUUGAGCCUUAUCUUAUUUCAGGUUAUUACUUCUCCUUACCCUCUGUACUGCACUGUGGAGACUCACGAAGGAUAAUCUCUUCCUGAUGCCCCGAACCCUCCUUGCUUCCUACCUUCACUGCCUGGUCUCACCAGCAUGUGUUUUGGCCCCGUCCCACUGAGAAUAAAACCCAACUGAUGUGGCCUUGUGCUUAGAGCCAUCAGCAUUUAGAGAAUGAUGCUUGGUGACUCUGACAUGUAGGAAGUUGACUGGGCCACAUCCAUGUCAAAGCAAAGACUCAGGACGUGAGAUCCUAAUCCCCGGUGCUAUGAUGACUCCCAGAUGACAGUCACGUGCCUUUCCCACUGUAAGCUGUUGUCAGUCCACUCACUUGGCACUUCCCCCUCCCCCUCUACAGACCCAACCUCCCCUCAUUUGCUCGAUUUCAAGGUUAUGGUAAAGUUUAGCUUUGACUUCCGGAAGGCUACUCUGACCCACACCCACGCCCACACCCCCACCCCCACUCCUGCCACAUUGUUCUCUUUUCACUUUGAACUUUGUACCAGUGUUUUAUUCAGUGCUGUACUUGGACGUUCCCUCAGCCAUGAACAUUGGUGUAAUCUUGAUUUUUAAACCCUUCGCUCAUCCUGUCGUUUACCCCGUACGAUGGCAAGGACUCACCACCAGAGUAAGAAAAGAUUGAAGCUGGCAGUUGGUACACAUGGACACGAAUACAGAAAGACAAACUACACAAAAUUAAUCUCAUGGACUUUGGCCAAGCUCUCAUCAGACUCUAAAUUCUCGUUACAUGUCAGAUUCACAGUCAGUGAAAAAACAAACCUUCCGGCAUUUCUAAGAACAGUUCUCAUUUCUCACUGGAGAGCAGAAGGGGGCAGUCAACUGUGCCCUGCUUCAGGCUUCGCUGCUAUGAUCCCCCAUCACCACCAAAAAGAAAAUCAAGAAAAUUAGCGAUUAAAGGAAAAAAAAAUUCAAGCAUGGCAGAGACCAACAGAUCUCCUUUCUGGAAAUUUCCAUUUGUUUUUAAUCUCAGUGAUGCUGAGCUGGUGAACUCAUUUGAACAAACUGAUCUGGGAUGGGGGAGCAUCUGUUAGUGUCUUGGCUUUUACCUCACCCACUCAAAUGGCU